UUACCUAAUUAGAUGAUAAGUAGAUUGUCUUCGGAAUCAACAUCUGGAUGAUAAAACUCACGACAACGAGAUAGCUUGGAAGUAUAAAUAGACGCUCUGUUUCAUUGUCAUGUUAAGUGCCGACUCGGGACUUCAGUGGCUGUUACCAAAGAACAAUCACCAUGAUUUUUCCAAUACUUCUUCCUCUCUUCUUGAUGGGAUGCGUGUCUGCACUUCCGGUUCAGCCACAACAAGACAUCUCCAUUGGAGAAAUCAUUAAUGUCUUAACUACUGUUGGAAAAAGAACGGAACAAGAUAAUUUAUGGGAUGUCAUUAAAGAAAUUGGAACCAUUGCACUUCCAGUGAUAGCAGGAAGAAGCGCCGAGCAACAAGAUAAUUUCUGGGAUAUUGUCAAGGAAGUAGCUGGAGUAGCCCUUCCCCUUCUUGUUGGCAGAAGCGCCGAACAACAAGAUAACUUCUGGGAUAUUGUCAAGGAAGUUGCUGGAGUAGCCCUUCCCCUUCUUGGCAGGAGCGCCGAGCAACAAGAUAACUUCUGGGAUAUUGUCAAGGAAGUAGCUGGAGUAGCCCUUCCCCUUCUCGUUGGCAGAAGCGCCGAGCAACAAGAUAACUUCUGGGAUAUUGUCAAGGAAGUAGCUGGAGUAGCCCUUCCCCUUCUCGUUGGCAGAAGCGCCGAGCAACAAGAUAACUUCUGGGAUAUUGUCAAGGAAGUUGCUGGAGUAGCCCUUCCCCUACUCGUUGGCAGAAGCGCCGAGCAACAAGAUAACUUCUGGGAUAUUGUCAAGGAAGUAGCUGGAGUAGCCCUUCCCCUUCUCGUUGGCAGAAGUGCCGAACAACAAGAUAACUUCUGGGAUAUUGUCAAGGAAGUAGCUGGAGUAGCCCUUCCCCUUCUGGCUGGCAGAAGCACCGAGCAACAAGAUAAUUUCUGGGAUAUUGUCAAGGAAGUAGCUGGAGUAGCCCUUCCCCUUCUCGUUGGCAGAAGUGCCGAACAACAAGAUAACUUCUGGGAUAUUGUCAAGGAAGUAGCUGGAGUAGCCCUUCCCCUGCUCGUUGGCAGAAGCGCCGAGCAACAAGAUAACUUCUGGGAUAUUGUCAAGGAAGUAGCUGGAGUAGCCCUUCCCCUUCUCGUUGGCAGAAGCGCCGAGCAACAAGAUAACUUCUGGGAUAUUGUCAAGGAAGUGGCUGGAGUAGCCCUUCCCCUUCUCGUUGGCAGAAGCGCCGAGCAACAAGAUAACUUCUGGGAUAUUGUCAAGGAAGUAGCUGGAGUAGCCCUUCCCCUUCUGGCUGGCAGAAGCACCGAGCAACAAGAUAAUUUCUGGGAUAUUGUCAAGGAAGUAGCUGGAGUAGCCCUUCCCCUUCUGGCUGGCAGAAGCGCCGAGCAACAAGAUAACUUCUGGGAUAUUGUCAAGGAAGUAGCUGGAGUAGCCCUUCCCCUUCUUGUUGGCAGAAGUGCAGAACAACAAGAUAACUUCUGGGAUAUUGUCAAGGAAGUAGCUGGAGUAGCCCUUCCCCUUCUCGUUGGCAGAAGCGCCGAGCAACAAGAUAACUUCUGGGAUAUUGUCAAGGAAGUAGCUGGAGUAGCCCUUCCCCUUCUGGCUGGCAGAAGCACCGAGCAACAAGAUAAUUUCUGGGAUAUUGUCAAGGAAGUAGCUGGAGUAGCCCUUCCCCUUCUGGCUGGCAGAAGCGCCGAGCAACAAGAUAACUUCUGGGAUAUUGUCAAGGAAGUAGCUGGAGUAGCCCUUCCCCUUCUCGUUGGCAGAAGCGCCGAGCAACAAGAUAACUUCUGGGAUAUUGUCAAGGAAGUAGCUGGAGUAGCCCUUCCCCUUCUCGUUGGCAGAAGCGCCGAGCAACAAGAUAACUUCUGGGAUAUUGUCAAGGAAGUAGCUGGAGUAGCCCUUCCCCUUCUUGUUGGCAGAAGUGCAGAACAACAAGAUAACUUCUGGGAUAUUGUCAAGGAAGUAGCUGGAGUAGCCCUUCCCCUGCUCGUUGGCAGAAGUGCAGAACAACAAGAUAACUUCUGGGAUAUUGUCAAGGAAGUAGCUGGAGUAGCCCUUCCCCUUCUUGUUGGCAGAAGUGCCGAACAACAAGAUAAUUUCUGGGAUAUUGUCAAGGAAGUAGCUGGAGUAGCCCUUCCCCUUCUUGUUGGUAGAAGUGCCGAACAACAAGAUAACUUCUGGGAUAUUGUCAAGGAAGUAGCUGGAGUAGCCCUUCCCCUACUCGUUGGCAGAAGUGCCGAACAACAAGAUAACUUCUGGGAUAUUGUCAAGGAAGUUGCAGGAGUAGCCCUUCCCCUUCUCGUUGGCAGAAGUGCCGAACAACAAGAUAACUUCUGGGAUAUUGUCAAGGAAGUAGCUGGAGUAGCCCUUCCCCUUCUCGUUGGCAGAAGCGCCGAGCAACAAGAUAACUUCUGGGAUAUUGUCAAGGAAGUAGCUGGAGUAGCCCUUCCCCUUCUCGUUGGCAGAAGUGCCGAACAACAAGAUAACUUCUGGGAUAUUGUCAAGGAAGUAGCUGGAGUAGCCCUUCCCCUUCUUGUUGGCAGAAGUGCCGAGCAACAAGAUAACUUCUGGGAUAUUGUCAAGGAAGUAGCUGGAGUAGCCCUUCCCCUUCUCGUUGGCAGAAGUGCCGAACAACAAGAUAACUUCUGGGAUAUUGUCAAGGAAGUAGCUGGAGUAGCCCUUCCCCUGCUCGUUGGCAGAAGCGCCGAGCAACAAGAUAACUUCUGGGAUAUUGUCAAGGAAGUAGCUGGAGUAGCCCUUCCCCUUCUCGUUGGCAGAAGUGCCGAACAACAAGAUAACUUCUGGGAUAUUGUCAAGGAAGUAGCUGGAGUAGCCCUUCCCCUUCUCGUUGGCAGAAGUGCCGAACAACAAGAUAACUUCUGGGAUAUUGUCAAGGAAGUAGCUGGAGUAGCCCUUCCCCUUCUGGCUGGCAGAAGUGCCGAACAACAAGAUAACUUCUGGGAUAUUGUCAAGGAAGUAGCUGGAGUAGCCCUUCCCCUUCUGGCUGGCAGAAGCACCGAGCAACAAGAUAAUUUCUGGGAUAUUGUCAAGGAAGUUGCUGGAGUAGCCCUUCCCCUUCUGGCUGGCAGAAGCACCGAGCAACAAGAUAAUUUCUGGGAUAUUGUCAAGGAAGUUGCUGGAGUAGCCCUUCCCCUUCUGGCUGGCAGAAGCACCGAGCAACAAGAUAACUUCUGGGAUAUUGUCAAGGAAGUAGCUGGAGUAGCCCUUCCCCUUCUGGCUGGCAGAAGCACCGAGCAACAAGAUAAUUUCUGGGAUAUUGUCAAGGAAGUUGCUGGAGUAGCCCUUCCCCUUCUUGUUGGAAAAAAAUAAAAUAAACUUUUAUUGAAAUGUA